AUGGGAGAUGUCUCGAAAUUUGAAUAUGAUGAUUUGUCUUUCUUUGGAAAAGAUCUAAAAUACACUUUAGAUAUUCAGUUAUAUAAUACAAAAGGAAACGGAGACCAAACAAUAUCUUAUAAUGAUGAAAUGAAUUUAAUAGCUCAAAUUGAUCAACUUACAAACAUCGAAGAACAACCUAUUAAUUGGGAAAUAUUAAGUAAUCAAAAAGAAAUGAUUGAUGGUGCUUUGAGAAUUAUUGAAGAUAAGCUAUUCAAUACCUCUUCUUCUAAUUCUCAGUUUAAUAAAUUUUUAUGGGGUUUAUUAAAUUCUCAUCCAUCAUUCCUUAAAUUUAAAGAAGCGUUGACAAGCGUUAUUGGACCAAUUGCCUUUGAAUAUACAAUAGAGUUAUGGAAAACUCUUCUCUACCUUGGACGUCUGUAA